GAACCUAUUUCCAAGUUUUCUGGCAGUCUGUUUGAUACCGAUGAUAGCAUGAGAGAUCAAAGAAAUACCAGAACAGCUCUUCAAGAAAAGCACAAGUCGGCAAUGAAAGGGAAGACUCUUCAAGGGACUAACAUUAAGGUGCAGCCACCCAUCUCAGCUGCAGGCAGCUUCCCCAGUGAGAGCAGACGCAUCCUGGAGGAAUCGAGGGCAGUGGAUGUGCCGCAGCCCCCGCUGAAGGUAACCAUUACUGUGUGCAGUCAAAUGGGGAGUCUUGGUAUUAGCAUUGCUGGUGGAAAGGGCUCAUCUCCAUAUACAGACAAUGAUGAGGGGAUCGUGAUUGCACGGCUGCAGAAAGAUGGUCCAACAGACUUGGCUGAGGUAGAAGCAGGAGACAGAGUGGCAGAGGCAUCCCUCAUUUCAGAACCCAAUGCUCUUGAUGCUGGUCCCACUGAAGCUUCAUCCAAGGGCAGUCCCUUCCCAACAGUAAAUCACAUCAUAACAGUGACUUCUCAAGAAUCUGGAGCCAAACCACUGACCUUCACAUUUGUACCCUCCAUUGGACGACUUCCAACUCAUUGUGAGGUUGUGGAUGUCUCUAAGUUCCUUGUGACAAUUCCAGAGGAACCAAAGGAUUUGAGCAAUCAAGAAAUUAUAAAUAAGUCUAAUGCAGUCUCUGAUGAGCUGGCCUUAAAGAGUGGGGCCAGACAAGAGUGUCUGUCAGCCACCCAUACAGACAGCAUCAGAACAGUUUUCCAGUCCCUGGGGUGUAAUUCGAGCAAAGGAGAAAUGCAGGAGAAUGACCUUUUUAAGGCUGAAUUUAUCCUCAUUACGGACUCUGGUGAAGAAGAUGAAGUAGCUGCUGCCUCGAGCAACGCUCAUCGGCCUUCCAAUGGCUAUGGUCCCAUCAGCCCUCAGCUGCUGGCCACAUCCCAUGUUCCCCCUGGAAUUGGGGCAGGAAAACCUCCUGGCGAUGGGCACGUUCCAGGUGCUGCACUUUCCCACAACACUGCUGAUCCGCAAAAACAUCAGCAAUACAAGAUCAAGACAAGCUACAAGGCAUUUGCAGCAAUCCCUACAAACACAUUACUUAUGGAACAGAAG